AUUCCAGGCCCACGUUCUCAUUUAAUUUGUAUUUUUUAUUUCCGAUUUCCCUUCCUUCUACUCUUUCACCUCAUUCGAAUAAGUUUCUUGGCCUUCAGAAAACCAAACCUUGACUCAAUCAUCUGGUUCUUUUAUGUGCUUGCAUCUACCUUUGAUUUCCGUUCUCUAAGCGUUAGAUCGGUAUUGGUUUUGCCGUAAGUUAUUUUUCCUCUUUCAGAUUUCUGUUUGUUGUUGUCACUGCUUUUAAGUUUUAGGGAUUCGGGUUCUGGGUUUUUUUUUUCAGGGAUUCGGUUGCAAAGAUUCAUCUCCCUUACCUUGGUUCAUUCCGUUUUCUUUAUUCUCUCUUACCUUCCUCGCUUCAUUCUGUUGAUUGGAUUCUCUAGAGAUCAAAAGGGGAUUUUUGAUUUUUCUCUUUCUCUUGAAAGUAACAAAGCUGCUUACUUUAAAUUCUACUUCGCUUAGACUGUCUUCCAGAGAGCAGCCGACUGCCGAUUUUGAGCUGAGUUUUUCCGGGCCGCAGAGAAAGAAGAGGAAAGAAAGAGACGUUCGGCGGCGGCAGCCAGGUACUUCGUCCGGGUCGUUUUCCGGGUCAGUAAACCGAAGGGCCGGCUAUAAACUACCGCUGGCCUGGCGGGGGAAAAGGAAAGCGUAAACCAUAAGGCCUCGGGGAUCCAUUUCUCUCGCCAGCCCAUACUUCAGAGGCCCAGCCUACUUGAGUCCAGAACCAGCCCAUCGCCGACGAAAUUUGGCACGCCGUCCCCCACCCGCCACCAUGUAUGAGACAUAAUCAAUUUACUUUCUUAUGUUAACUCUGUUGCAGGUAAAUGUCGAAAUCCAACUUGAUCAGUAAGGUUUUCUCUCAUAUGUUUCUAGGUUAAUUAAUCUAAUGGGACUGGCUAUGAUCUGAUAAUGUACUUUCAGCUCUAAUCACUAAAGAAGUAUAAAGUAGGCGGUAUUGAUAAGCAUGCUCCACUGGUUAGUGUAUUGGUUCUACCAGGCUUUUUUCCCGUUAUUACAUAAGAUCAUUGGACAGUUUUAUCUCACUCCAUUAGUUUGUUUUAUUGUUCUUCAACUUCAUUUGCAUUGUAUUUGUAUUGUGACAUUGGAGUUGGAAUCCAUUUGUGCUAAAAGUACAAAGCGUAAACUGCAUAAUUGAAAGAAGGGAUAAGCUUGGUAUAGUUAGAAGAACUAGAAUUGGUAAGCACUUAUAGUGCUUUUCUUAUUGCCAGCUUGCUUCUUUUUCAAACUUCUCUUUGGAUAUGGUUUUUAUGGAUGCCUUUGAAUUAUAUUUGUGUUGGCCAUUACAUUGUUGUCCUUCUCGCUCUUCCUUUGCAUCCCCAAGCUUGGAAGCCAUUCUGUUAUAUGUGUUUUGUUCAUCAAUUUAAAUUAUGCCUUAUAUAGUUAUAUUUUUCUUCGACUGUUAUGUUUGUGUGGUGUGUUGUAUGUGUCAUUAACUCGCACAAACUUAUAAUUGGUGAGGAGUUCAACUUCUGUUGUAACAAUUAAUUAAUUUAUAUGAAUGGUAGCUGCAAAAUUUACUGGAACGGGUGCAUCAUUUACCACGACCUCUAUUUCAGAUUGCAUCAGGUUAUUGGAGAAUUUAAUAUGGAUAGUGCAAAUGUCAUCCCAUCUGCCCAACCACAGAUUUAUCGAUCGUCUGUACCAUGUGAGUGUCAUGGUUUAGCACGCAACUGCUUCAAUGCAAACUGACAUUAAUAUUUUCCCUUGAAUCUCAUUUGUUUAGGGAAACGUCGAGCAGUGUUUAUUCAUCCUGAAGAUCAGUACCAACGCUGUGUUUUAUUUGCUGAAGAGGAAGAAGCAUUUGAGAGAGGUGUGUUAUCUGUGUUUUAAUUUUUCUAAUUAGUUCAUCUAUUCAAUGAGUAAUACAUGGUUUUAUAUUUAAAUUCUGUAGAAGAAGCUGCCUUACAAUUCCAACUCUCUCAACUUCGGCGAAUACUAUCCCAAGUCGCCCGUAAGAGAAGACAUCAUAUUUUGAAACAGAAGGUUCAUAGGAGGGGCUUGCCUUUUGAACACCAAGGUUGUUGUUUGCUAAAUUUUGUAGCAAGUCUUACAAAUUAGGCUAUUCUAGAUUGUUGAAUCUUUAUUUAUUUCUUUAAUAUCGUAUGUGUUUUGGUGUUGUUCAUAGUUUUGGAGCCGGAGUUUAGAUUUCUAUUACAAAAGCAAAGUCGAUUACUUCGACGUAUUCAUCUGCAUAGAAAGAGACGUGGCCGAAGGUUCUUUCCUACAGAAGUCAAUCAAAGUAUGUGGAUUCUAAUGGCCACUAUUAUACAUGAAAUGGUUCAUCUCUAUUGUGGUUUAGUUUUUGUACAUUGGAUAUAUGUUUUUGUGUUCUGGUCAACAUAUUUUGUUUCCUAUUUUGGUUUUAGAACAUAUAAUGUACCCAUUUAUGCCAUGCAUAUAAUUUAGUGAUGUACGCUUCAUGUCACCUUAUGCAAAUAGUGGAUUGUUUUUAGAUGUUGAUGUGUCAACGGCAAAUUUGUGUGUUAUGAACAAACUUUGGUGUUUCCUGAAAUUUGACUUAUUCUUACUUAAAAUGAGCGGUAUACCAAUCUAUCUUGCCUUGAGAACAUUUAUUUUAAUAAUUGUGUUUACUGUAGCGCGCCUAAAUUGGCUUCACAGUUUCUCAAUCUCAUUCAAUUAUGAAUUACUGUGACAAAAAUUUAUUAAUAUUACUUAUCUAUUUCACUAGGUCUUCCGUUGGUUGAAUUUUUUGAUAUUGGUCCACCUUCAUGUACGUGUCAACAUUGUGGAGCAGUUAUGUGGCGGUUCGAGAGUACUUUAUCUACACGGAAUGAUGUGUUGCCUGCAUUUCCUUUAUGUUGCAAACAUGGUAAAGUGAAAUUGCCUCCCCGCAGAGAUGUGCCCGAAUUUCUUAAAACUCUACUUGAAGGGGAUACACCAUUAGCGCGUCACUUUCGUACUAACAUCAGAGCCUAUAAUGGGGGUUUUUGCUUUAUUUCUCUCGGAGGUAAAGUCAAUCACUCUAUUAAUGAUGGUCGUGGAGUUUAUGUAUAUUCAAUUGGUGGUCAGAUUUAUCAUCGAAUAGGAUGUUUGGUUCCUGGUGAUGGGGAUAGUCCGAAAUUUGCACAGCUUUACAUUCACGAUUCAGAUAACGAGGUGCAGAAUCGUAUGGACUUUUACUCCACUGAUCCUGCCAAGAAUCCGUUGCGCCAGUGUAUUGUUGAAGGCCUCCAGCAUAUGUUUGAUGACAAUAAUAUCCUGGUACGUACAUUUCGUUCUGCGCGAGAUAUGAUACAAAACUCUGGUGUCCAGGAGCUUCAACUGAAACUAUUGGCUAAGCGUGAAAUUAAUAGUAGAGAAUAUGAUUUGCCCUCUGCGAAUGAGAUUGCAGCAUUGAUUGUAGAUGAAAUAGGAGAGCAAUCUUUUUCUCCAGAUAUAAUUGUUCAACAGAAGGGUUCAGAAAUGGAAAGGAUUAGCGUAUACCAUCCAAGUCUGAUGGCAUUACAAUAUCCAAUUUUAUUCCCAUAUGGCGAGGAUGGGUGGCAUCCCUGCAUUAGCUAUAGUCACAGUAGCUCUAAUAUCAGUGUUGGAGAUAAAAUGAUAACCCAGUGUGAUUUCUAUGCAUAUCGUCUUCAAACCCGUCUCCAGGAGUCGAAUUCUCUGUUAUUAUCUGGUAAAUUAUUUCAACAAUAUAUGGUGAAUGCAUUUGCGUUAAUUGAGGCUGAACGCUUAGACUGGAUGCGUACCCAUCAGUCGAAGCUAAGAGGACACUACUACAAGGAUUUGUUGAAUUCUUAUUUGCGAGGGGAUAGUGAUAUCAAGCUUUCUGGGAAGCCAGUUAUUUUAGCUGCCUCACACACUGGUAGUCCAAGAUACAAGUAUGAGAAUUUUCAGGAUGCGAUGGCUAUUUGCAAGUGGAUUGGUUAUCCUGAUUUGUUUAUAACAUUCACUUGCAAUUCUAACUGGCCAGAGAUACAGUUAAUGGUUGAUUUGAUUAGAAGGUAAAGUGGCAAAGAUCCUGACCGGGCUGACAUCACCGCCAGAGUUUUCAAAAUCAAGCUUGAUGAGUUUAUGUUAGAGAUUCGCGAGAAACAAAUAUUUGGGAAAAUCAAUGCAUGUAUGUGUGCUUAUUCAUUCGUUAUUUAUCUAUUAAUGUUCAUCCAUUACUCUCUUACCUCAUUGAACUAAUAUUCCUUUUUCACUAUUUGCAUCUUGCUGUACAGAUGUCAAAGCAAUUGAAUGGCAAAAGCGGGGUCUCCCUCAUGCACACAUAUUGCUUUUUUUGGCCUCGGAGAAUAAAUUCCAUGGUCCUGCGGCUAUUGAUUCCAUAAUAUGUGCUGAAAUUCCGGAUCCUGAUCUUGAUCCUGAGCUGUAUGCAGUUGUCACAAGUUCAAUGAUGCAUGGCCCCUGUGGUACAGUACGUCCUAAUAAUGUGUGCAUGAAGAAUGGGAAAUGUAGUAAGCAUUACCCCAAGGAAUACUCUUCUCAAACAACUAUUGAUGAAACUGGGUUUGCUAAAUAUCGUCGGCGGAACAAUGGUAGAGUUUUCAACUAUGGCGGCGUUGAUCUGGAUAAUCGAUGGGUUGUACCCUACAAUCGAUAUUUGUUACUACGAUUUGGAGCGCAUAUCAAUAUUGAAUAUUGUAACAAGACAAGGUAUGGCUGAAGUAAAUCGUAUUUAUCUAUAUGACGUUGUUGUUUCCUUUAUUAUAUUACCAAACUCAGAUUCUUAAUGACAGGCUAUAUGUAUAUUUAUAUGCUACACUCAUUAUUAACUUUAUGCAUGCAUAUGAAUUAUGAUUUAAUUUUCAAAGAUGAAUAAAAACCAAACCAAUAUUUGUGCGAUUUCUCUUUUUUUUUUUAGUUAUUUUAUAAACCCAGUGUUAUCUUAUUGGUGUGACUUCUUGUCGCAACUCUGUAAUUUUUGUAAUAUUUUUUGGUGUGUUUUCCUUCAUUUUUUUUUUUGCCCCUUGGAUAAGCUAUUGUGAUCCAUUUGUUGCAUUUUGUUCUCUGUACUUUGAUUUCUUAUUUAAUACAAGUCACAUUUAAGAAAAAAUGGAAUACAACUUUUUUCCUACUUCCCUAUCUAACAUCUACAACUUGGUUUUAUUUGAUGUUUCUAUAGGGCUGUGAAAUAUUUGUUUAAGUACAUCAACAAACCCGAGGAUCGUGCAAUGGUCACUGUAGCUGCACAACAAACAGCUUCGGCUAUGGAUGGUCGGAAUCGUGGAACUACGGUUGUGCAAAUCGAUGAGAUAAAGGCAUUCAUGGAUG